AAGGAAGCUCCUGAGCCGCCAUUUCAUGUGCGAGCAGCUAAGAGAAAGGGGUGAGUUUAGCAUACAAAUCAGCAAAACAAAAACAAAUUUAGUCUAGAAUAACGAUUUUAAUCUUCGUCUGGCUGUCUCAUUUUGAGGAGCAAAGAUGAGCUACGGAAGGCCUCCGCCCGAUGUCGAGGGUAUGUCCUCGCUCAAAGUGGACAAUCUCACGUACCGGACCUCGCCUGAGACCCUACGCCGAGUUUUCGAGAAGUAUGGCCGGGUGGGAGACGUGUACAUCCCCCGCGAUCGGUACACUAAGGAGAGCCGUGGUUUCGCCUUUGUGAGGUUCCACGAUAAGCGCGACGCUGAAGACGCGAUGGACGCCAUGGACGGGGCCUUGCUCGAUGGGCGGGAACUGCGAGUGCAGAUGGCGCGAUAUGGCCGUCCACCAGACUCCCACUUCGGGCGCCGAGGCGGCAGUGGACCCCCAAGGAGGCAUGGAGGCUACGGGCGCAGGAGCAGAAGUCGUUCGGCCAGCCCCCGCCGGCGAAGACACAGCCGUUCCCGAAGCAGGAACCGCAGUCGUGGCCGUGACUACAGCCGCUCACGGUCUCGUUCCUACUCUAGAUCCCGUUCCAAGUCCCGCACACCCCGCAAGAGCAAGUCCCCAUCCCGAUCAAGGUCCCGCAGCCGCACCCCGGCUUCUAACAGAGGCUCACGGUCGAGGUCCAAGAGCAUGCCCAAAUCCCCCGAUGACAACGGAACCGAGUCUUAGUAACAACAGUUCCAAGCCAGACCCACUGCGGUGUCCUGUUGUCAAACCGAGAGGGUGUGGCAGAUGGCAGUGUAAGAGCAGUUAGUGUGUUGUGACGCGACCUGCCUGAGGCUGUUGGUGGGGGGCGAUGGCGGUUGCUAUGGAGCAGGUCGUCACUGGCGGUGCGGUGGUCCGUGCUGUCAGUUGGUGAGGUACUGUAUGUUCACAGGACCACAGACAGAAUGCUGCUGGCUGUACCGCUCUGUGUCUGGUGUCACUGGUGCAGGAGGGAGGACCCCAAGGUUUGUUGUCCAAUAAAUGCCUGAGUAAAAAUAAGAACAAAUUGAGUGGUGGGUGGGGGGGUCCUUGUAGUGAGAAGACAUCCCACGUUGUUAGGAACUCUGUUCUAUGCCAGUAACGUGGACAACUGACGAGCCCUCAAUGGAAUGGUUAAAAGGGGGUGUUUUCUAUCCGAUUUUAGAUUGAGAACAGUUGAUUGUCUAGUUGUGUCAAGCUAGCAACCUACCCUUUGACCUCCACUAAUGCAGCUUGUCUUGUUUUCUUUCCAGAUGUCAGACGAUUGAGACUUCUUCUCUGUGGACGUCAACCAGAGCUUAAGUCUGCCAGUGGACACCUCUCUACGCCUAACAGAAUACUGACCAAAAGGUUGUGACUUGGUCUAAAAUGUUUCAGUUGCCCAGAAAUAGACUACUAUAUAUUUACCAAUGCGUGUAAUGCCGUUGACUAGAGUGAAGGACAUGUUUUGAGGUUAACUGUAUUUUGUCCCAUUGUUAGUGCAGGUUUGUUGCAUAUUAAUUUGAUUUAAACUUUUAUGAAGUAGCCCCCCCCCUCUUUUUUAAAAAUGAAUUGAAGCCCUUAUUUAGUAGUCUAAUUCUCUACAGAAGUAUUCCCGUAUUGAGUUACUGCUGUUCUUCUUUUGGAGAGUUGAAUUUAGCAGUUACCCUAAACCAGCAACAUGUAGAGGGAAACCAUAUAAGCCAAAAUUGUAUAAAAAAUAUGUAACAUUUUACGUAAUUCUCUAACCUAACUAGGAGUGCAGAUAGUUUUUUCUAUUUUUAUGUAUGUACACCAAACAUUAGGAACACCUUCCUAAUAUUGAGUUGCACCUCCCUCUUUGCCCUGGUGUUGAAAGCGUUCCGCAGGGAUGCUGGCCCAUAUAGACUCCAAUGCUUGCCACAGUUGUCCAGUUGGCUGGAUCUCCUCUGGGUGAUGAACCAUUCUUGAUACACACGGGGAGCUGUUGAGCAUUAAAACCCCAGCAGCUUUGCAGUUCUUGACACAAACCUGUGUGCCUGGCACCUACUAUCAUACCCUGUUCAAGGGCACUUCAAUAUUUUAUCUUGCGCAUUCACCCUCUGAACGGCACACAUACACAAUCCAUGUCACAAUGCUUAAAAAUCCUUCUUUAACCCAUCUCCUCCCCUUCUUCUACACUGAUUGAAGUUUAUUUAGCAAGUGACACCAAUGAGGGAUCAUACUUUCACCUGGUCAGUCUGUCAUGGAAAGAGCAGGUGUUCUUAAUGUUUACUGUACUCAGUGUAUAUUGUUGAUACUUUUUUUUGUCUCUGGUAUGCAUUUACUUAAUCCCCUCUUGUGUCAUCUUUUGUGCACUAGGCGCAGUUGUGUAGCAGUUGAGUAUUGCUGGUUAGCUGUUAAGGUGCGAUGCAGUGCUGAUGGUGAGGUGGCAGUGCUGUGGCUGGCGGGGGUGUUGCGGUGCCCGGUGAGUGCCCGGUGCAGUUGCCGCCCUGCUAUCGACUUGGUGCUGCUGCCGUUUGCCUGGUUCUGGUCUGUAAGAAUAAAUCAAUCACUGCUGUGGUGGCAGAUCUGAUCAUCCCAUCUCUCUCCCUCUGUUGUCUUAUGGUCUCUUACCAUUGUGGAUGUACCAAUACUAUUCUCUUCCUCCCCUCUUUCUUCAUCCCUAGCCUGGUGGAACCAGUCUGAUCAUUGUAUUAUCCUACACACACACACACACACACCCCCCCCCCCCCCAACUGUGCUUUAGUCCUCUGUUGUGAGCUGGUUGUAUCCACUGAUGGAAGAGUCUGUUAUGGCUCGAAAGAGGAGGGUUGGAUAAAGGGCAUCCCACUAGCUUGAUAAAUUAGUCUCAUUAUUCUUUUGUGAACCCUCACAAGAUGUCUUGUAAAUGAUCCAGGUGAAGGCUAAUAAAAAUGUCAAAUUUG